AUGCCUGUUGUGGUAACUUCAGUGGCUGGUCCAUCAUUCACAACAGAUGGUCAGCCGAAAACACUGAUGACUUCAUCUCGACUGACUGAUAAUCAGCCAUCAGCACCAUUGAAUACAAAUGAUCUUUCCGAGAACGAGACCAAAUCUAGCAAGUAUCAUGGAUUACUUGGUAUUUUUGGACGUGGUUUUUUUGCACAGCCGUCAUACAACUCUGUUGAGGAGAACUAUCGUUAUUUGAUGGCUCUUGAUCACUAA